GUGAACGGGAAGGAGCUCUCCAAGCUGUCUCAGGAGCAGACCCUGGAGGCCCUGCGUGCCUCCAAGGAGCCCCUGGUGAUCCAGGUGCUGAGACGCAGUCCCCGCCUCCGGGGGGAUGGCUCCUGCCACGACUUGCAGCUGGUGGACAGUGGCACUCAGACGGACAUCACCUUCGAGCAUAUUAUGGCACUGGGCAAGCUGCGCCCACCCACCCCGCCCAUGGUCAUCCUGGAGCCGUUCGUCCCAUCUGAGCUCCCCCCCAUCAGUCAUGAGUAUUAUGACCCAGCGGAGUUCAUGGAGGGCGGCCCGCAGGAGGCAGACCGGAUGGAUGAGCUGGAGUACGAGGAGGUAGAGCUGUAUAAAAGUAGCCACCGGGACAAGCUGGGCCUGAUGGUCUGCUACCGCACAGAUGAGGAGGAGGACCUAGGCAUCUACGUGGGAGAGGUGAAUCCCAACAGCAUUGCAGCCAAAGAUGGCCGGAUCCGUGAGGGAGACCGUAUCAUCCAGAUAAACGGCGUGGAUGUCCAGAAUCGGGAGGAAGCGGUGGCCAUCCUAAGUCAGGAGGAGAACACCAACAUCUCUCUGCUGGUGGCCCGGCCCGAGAGCCAGCUGGCAAAGCGCUGGAAGGACAGUGACCGGGACGACUUCCUGGAUGACUUUGGCUCUGAGAAUGAGGAUGACCUGCGGGCGAGGAAGCUGAAAUCCCCUCCGGCCCAGCAGCUUGGACACGAAGAGGAAAAAGGGGCCCCCGAGGCGGGCCCAGGCCUGCACAACAGCCAGGAGCUGGACAGUGGGGUGGGCCGGACAGACGAGAGCACCCGCAAUGAGGAGAGCUCCGAGCACGACCUGCUGGGGGACGAGCCCCUGAGCACUGCCAACACACCUGGGCCCUUGCGCAAAUUUGGCCUGCAAGGGGAUGCCCUACAGAGCCGUGACUUCCACUUUAGCAUGGACUCCCUGCUGGCCGAGGGCGCAGGGCUGGGCGGCGGUGACGUGCCAGGCCUCACGGACGAGGAGUACGAGCGCUACCGUGAGCUGUUGGAGAUCAAAUGUCACCUGGAGAAUGGCAACCCACUGGGCCUGCCUUUCCCCCGGGCUGCGGCCAGCCACGGUGCCCUGGAUGUCAACCGCAACGAGAGUGCCGGCCAUGAGCUGGCAGUGCUGGAGGAGGAGCUGCGGCACCUGGAGUUCAAGUGCCGCAACAUCUUGCGGGCGCAGAAGAUGCAGCAGCUGCGGGAGCGCUGCAUGAAGGCCUGGCUGCUGGAGGAGGAGAGCCUGUACGACCUGGCAGCUGGUGAGCCCAAGAAGCACGAGCUGUCUGACAUCUCCGAGCUGCCGGAGAAGUCAGACAAGGACAGCACCAGUGCCUACAACACGGGCGAAAGCUGCCGCAGCACCCCACUACUGGCCGAGCCCCUGCCUGAGAGCCCCCUGCGGCGGGCAGCUGCAGUGGCAGGCAACUCCAACCUCAACCGGACCCCCUCGGGAGCCCUUGGCGUCGCCCAGCCCAAGGCUGCUGCCCCCCCUCCCCCGGGGAGCCCCGCCAAGUUCCGAUCCCUCUCCCGGGAUCCCGACGUGGGCCGGAGACAGCACUCGGCUGAAGAGCGGGUCCGCCAUGGCCCCAAGACAGGGGUGGCCCUGGAGCGUGUGGGCCCUGAAGGCAGCCCCUACCUGUCGCGGCGCCACCGCAGCCCGGGCCAGGAGGGCGAGCACUACCACAGCUGCCUGCAGCUGGCCGCCCCACGCGGCCUUGAAGAUCUGGGCCCCGGCCCCUUGAGUGUGGCCGCCGGCCCCCGGGUGGGUGGGGGGGCCGCGGCUGUGGCCCCCGAAGCACCCCGAAUGGAGUGGAAGGUCAAGGUGCGCAGUGAUGGGACCCGCUACGUGGCCAAGCGACCGGUGCGCGACCGCCUCCUGAAAGCCCGGGCCCUGAAGAUCCGCGAGGAGCGCAGUGGCAUGACGACCGAUGAUGAUGCGGUGAGCGAGAUGAAGAUGGGCCGCUACUGGAGCAAGGAAGAGCGGAAGCAGCACCUGAUCCGGGCCCGGGAGCAGCGGAAGCGGCGCGAGUUCAUGAUGCAGAGCCGGCUGGAGUGCCUGCGGGAGCAGCAGAACGGAGACAGCAAGGCCGAGCUCAACAUCAUCGCCCUGAGCCACCGCAAGACCAUGAAGAAACGAAACAAGAAGAUCCUGGACAACUGGAUCACCAUCCAGGAGAUGCUGGCCCAUGGCACGCGUUCGGCUGACGGCAAGCGGGUCUACAACCCUCUGCUCUCGGUCACCACCGUGUGAGCACCCUCUGUGCUCCCGGGCGCGGUCUAGUGACCUGGCCAGAUCCCUGUCUCCCGCCCUCGCUUAGCAUCUAGCCUGUGUCUGUGUGAGCGUGGGACUUUGCUACCCAGACAGAAGCCCCCGCAGAGAAGGGAUGCCUCUCCUCAUCAGCAACUUCCUUCUCCCCAAGGAGAGUGACCACAUCCACAGUUGGCCUGGGGACAGACCUGUAUCUGCCUCCCUUCAGCCGUAAGGGGUGUGUGUGUGUGUGUGUGUGUGAGACAUGAACCCAGGCACAUGUACACACACACACAUGUACUUCCCUAUAGAGUGGCUACUUGGGGACAGGGAAGUCUGCUGAAAAGGAGAGGCAAAGAAGACUGUCCUAAGCACAAGAGAAUGUCCAUUAUUUGUAGACAGAGGCAACCCUGAUUUUUUUGUGGCUCUUUCCCUUUUCUGUGCUUGCUAAUUGUUUUGGUUUGUUUCUUUUGUUUUGUGGACCUGCUCUGGAGCCUGGCAGCUCCUUCAGGCAGCCUGACCAAGGUGGAAUCCCCAAGUGAUGGCUGGGAAGGAGGGGGUGGGGGAAGAAGGGACGGGAGGGGGGCGGUUUUGGGGUGGGAGGGAAGGUGGGGAGAUGAAGGCAAGAAGGGGAAGCAGCUUUGCAGGGGGCCUCCUGUCCGAGGUGUGGGGACAGGGAAUGUAGGUGUGGCUUGCCAGGCUCACCCUGGAGGUCACCUCCUUCCCUGGUGGCCAUGGGGACGGAAGGGGCAGUCUCCAUCCAAGACAUCAGCGAGCCCAGGCUGUGUCAGACGCCCCUGGAGCUUGCCUUCUCUCCUGAGUGGCAGGAGGGGUCCAAAAAGAAGCCAAGUCCCCUGAGUUGCAGCAGAAGACCCUGGUGACGAGACCCAUAUGGAGCUAGGGAGCACCCAGGCACUGAGCAACAGGCAGGUGCUGCCAGCUGGGCGGACUGGGGAGCAGAUGCCCUUGCACCUCACUUUGCCAGUGUGGACGGGGCCCCCCUCAGGGACCUGUGUAUCAGUAAGAGCUGGCCUCAGGACGCUUCUGCAGUUCAGAGGGCCUCAGAUGGGAGGCCCCCUGCCGACGUCAUAAGAAUAAAGCAAGCUGCCUUUUGAGGGUGA